AUGGCACAUAAUUACGAUCCUAUAAUUUCCACUCCCCAAUUGGAAAUGCACAGCCCUAUGCCUCCCAUCCAACCCUCACCACCCUCAUCACCCCCGCCAACCUCCAGCAACUUUUCCCACACACCCAGCUCUGCAACUCUACUUCCCCACGAGCAAAAUUACUCACAUUUCGAAAGCCAUUUUCACAAACCUGAACAAGCUUAUACAACUAUUCCCUACAAAUCUAAGACCGGAAAACAGUUUUGGCAUAUUUUACUUAAGAGUUUGGCACGAUGGUUAAUUACGCUUAUCUUGUGUAUUGCUUAUUUAGUCGCCUUGCGAGUUUGGAAUCAAAAGGGUACGGUGACGGAAACUUCGAAAAGGAUUUUUAAUGCCAUUACCACGGGUCUCGAUCUUACUUUACAUGCGGAUAGUUUGAUGGAUUUAGGUGAAUUGGCUUUUGUUUCGAAGAGACCGUUGGUUUUUGGUAUGGCUAUUUCGUGGCUUAUAUUCAAUCUCUUUGUACAAGCAGCCAUUGCAGCCAUCAGUUUGACAUAUGGCUUCAAUACUAGCACCGAUAGUUACUUGUUCACGCCGGGUAACCUGACGGUUCCGGACAUGGAACACUUUUACCCACAGGGAAACAAUACCAAGCCCCAAACUGAAGACGAAGAAUACACCGCCCAUGCCUACGGUGGUUUAGCCUGGAAUCUCGGAAUAGGGGAAUCAAUAAUCGAUCUACCCUCGCAAGGUGAACCCUACCAAGGACUCAGCGGAAACUACAGCAUAUGGGCAGAUCAACACCACGACAAAAUGGUCUUCGUAUUUACCGAAUACUCCUCCAGCGCUUCCUCUGAAAACACUGGUUCCUUAGGAAUCUACACAAACCGCACUCUCCUCAUGUACUACUCCUGUUCCUCGCACCGAGUAACGCAAAACGGGAAUGGUGCAUCCGCAGCCAACAUAAGCGUGGAAGACAUCGGAUCCAUAUCCGUAAGUUCCUUCGUAGCAAACGGCACGACAUUUUUCACCGAUUACCCUAAUCUCUGUCCCGACAUCCCUCGCUGUUCAAUCAUCCAAGCCUUCGAGGCUUCUGAUACCGAUCCCUGGUAUUACACAUGCAACAUCACGCUUGGAGAAACGCAGAAUGAUCCCAGAAAUAUCUCGUUUAUAAGUGAUGACAUGGCAUAUAUAGCCGCAUCUGCGAUUGCCAAUACGGGAUACUCAUCCAUGGACGAUUAUCAACAGACUUUUUCCUAUCCGCAGAAAACCAUGUGGGGACUUCCUAUUCACGGAAAUGUGUCAAGAAUGGGUAUACAAAUUGCUGCUUUUGGACUGAGUUCUAUAUCCGUCACUGCAGCUUUUAAUCCUUCGAAGUAUUAUGAUGGAUUGGAACCACAUACCGGAUUCGCACUGGGGAUAAAUCAUACGUAUUUUUUUCUCUUGAUUGUGUUUUUGAUACCCCUGGUGCAGUUUGUUAUGUGUUUUAUUGUGGCGGUGUGGAGUAAUAGAGUCGUGGUGCAGGAUAAUGCGUAUAUAGGGAUGAGUUUGCUGUUGCGUCCGAUUGCGGAUGCGUUGUAUGGGGUUAGUGAGGGGAAGAAUAAUAAGGCGUUCAGGGAGGCGAAGAGAAAUGUUAUGGUUAGGUAUGAGAGAGGAGUUGAUGGGAGGUGGGGGUUUGCUAUGAGUUGA